AUGAAUUCUACAAAUGGUUCAUCGAAUGCUUCGACAACCAUUUCCUCUGCUGCGCCAGCAAGAGACGUAGAGAUUGGAAGAUCACUCUACACUCAGACAACUUGCCUUAUUAUCGCCACGGUGGCCUUUCUUGGGAAUCUGCUUGUCAUUCUCCUUCUCCUUCUGAACAGAGCAAAGUUGUUGAAGAAAUCCUACAACAUGUUGAUUCUAUGCUUGGCUAUAUCUGAUGUUCUCACCGCCUUGAUGCUCGUCACAAACCCAGCUUUGGUCCUUGGAGACGCGUUUCCUUAUCCGACCAAUCACGUCUUGGGCGAUGUCUUCUGUCGUGUUAUUUGGAGUCGUACGUUUCUCUUCCAGAUGGUGGUUUUUUCUGCCUACAUCUGGGCGGCUUUGGCAACGGAGCGUUGGUUUGCAGUUGUCAAGCCUCAACAGUACAAACAGGUCUUCAACAAGAAGCGCACACUCGUUUACAUUGUCCUCGUGUGGCUGUGGUCGAUUAUCCUUUGUGCUUCAAGUUUGUUUGAACUCUCCUACGUUUCGUCGAAUCCCCCAAAUAGCCGAUGCAAAUGGAACUUUGGCUCGGUCAAUCAAACAGUCCGCAACAUCGUGGCAGUCAUUCAAACCUUUUUCAAAAUGGCGUUUCCGUGCCUGACCGUGUUGUUCCUGUUCAUUCACAUGGUUCAUAAAGCAAGCAGAUCAACAGUCGCCUCAGCCGAGGGAAAGGCUAAACUGCGCGGGAAAAUAACGCGUAUGGUUGGGGUGGCUUCUUUAGCACUUAUAAUCUGCUUCGCACCGUCUCAGAUUAACUACACCCUGGCAGUGGUGGGGAAAACAAAACUAGACAACACACUACACCACGUCCUCUCCCUCUUGGCGUUGAUCAACAGCUGUUUGAACCCGUUUAUCUACGGGCUGAGCAAUGGAAAAUACCGCCGAGGUUACAAGCAGAUUCUACUUUCACUGUUCCCUCGGUGCAUCAAGGGAGAUGAAAACAGAGUCACCGAAUUGACCAACCCGGGUACUUCGAGUCAGAGUUGACAGAAUACCAUUCGAUUCGUGCUUGUCGAUAAUGUUGUUUUCAAUAUAGUGUGCGUAGUGUGCCUUUCCUUUAGCUAUCAAUUAUUAUAUAAAACAGUUGAUUAUAGCGCUAGAACUAUUUAAAAUUCAAAACCGCUUCACAUUACAUUUAACAAUUAUUCGACAAUAUUCACCGAA